AUGUCUGCUCAAGAUCAACUGAUUGAGCAACACUACGAAUCAAAUGACUCCGACUCCGACUUGGAGGUGAGUCUAAAAAAUGCUACAAUCAGCGAGAAAACAAUCACGGACAGAGGCGAAAUUGCUGAGAAGUAUGCGAAUGUCAUAAAUGUAGAGCCUCUCAAAAAAGGGCCCAAGACGACCAAAGAUCGUGCUAAUAGAGCCACUGUCGAGCAAGUUUUAGAUCCUCGUACUAUGGCGUUUUUGGGAAAAAUCAUCAAUAAGGGAGUCAUCUCUAGAAUCAAUGGCUGCAUUUCAACAGGAAAAGAGGCUAACGUUUACCACGGUGACCAUGAAGAUGCACUGAUAUCAGACAGAGAAUAUGCCGUCAAAAUUUACAAGACCUCAAUCUUAGUCUUCAAAGAUCGAGAGAGGUAUGUUGAUGGUGAGUUUAGGUUCAGAAAUACCAAAAAUCAAAGCAACCCAAGAAAAAUGGUCAAAGUCUGGGCAGAAAAAGAAUUUCGCAAUCUCAAGAGACUAUAUACAAAUGGAAUCCCAUGUCCUGAGCCUGUUGAGUUGCGAUCUCAUGUCUUAGUGAUGGAGUAUCUAACGAAAGGCAAAGGUCAACCGAGUCCGAAAUUGAGAGAUCAUCCAUUUAAAGAUAUCGAUGAAAUUGUACAUUACUAUCAGCAAAUGUUGUUCUACAUGAGACGAAUGUAUCAAACUUGUCGACUUGUACACGCUGAUUUAUCUGAGUACAACUCAAUUGUACACAACGACAAGCUAUACAUCAUUGACGUUUCCCAAUCUGUCGAACCUGAGCACCCUAUGGCUCUUGAUUUCUUGCGCAUGGAUAUCAAAAACGUGAACGACUUUUUUUCAAGAAAGAAGAUUAACGUGUACCCCGAAAGACUAUUAUUCAAGUACAUCACAGAAUCUAAUUUCAACUUGGGUUUGAGCGGUGAUUCUGAUCUGGAACUUGCCUCUUAUCUCGAGCAACUACCUUUAAAAAGCGAACUCGACGACUCAAAUAUUGAGGAUGAGGUUUUCAGAUCAUUACAUUUGGUCCGCUCUUUGAAUCAUUUAGAAGAACGUGACUUUGAAAAGUUCUCCGAAGGUAAACUUGACACACUCACUAAAUUAGUUCCCGAGGGUGAACAGGGAGAAGAGGUUGCUUCAGAUGACUCUGAUAGCGAUGACGACGAUGACUCAAGCGAUGAAAGCAGCGAGGACGAGACUGAAGAGGUGAGAGAGAAACGAAUCAAGGAGCUUAAAGGAAAAAAGCAUGAAGACAAAGACGAAAAGAAGGCAAGGAAGGUCGCGGCCAAAGAGGCAAAGGCCGAAAAGAGAUUAACGAAGAUGAAAAAGCAUGUGAAGAAAAAGCUCAUCAACAAGAGAAAGACUACUUAG